UUCUCCUAGCUAGCUAGCUAAUUAAAUAGCUUAAUUAGCUAUAUCCAUCGUAUUUUUAUUUGAAGCAUCAAUCUAUAAACUAAUUAACUCUUCGUUCGAUCCAUGGCUAUUUUAUUUCCCACCACUCUUAUACUACUGAUCUUCAUGAUCACAACUACUACUUCAACCAAUGCUCAAGGCAACCCACCCUCACCCGGCUACAACCCUAGCUCUAGAGUUGAUACCGUUACUUUUCAACAAGCCUAUCGAACCUUAUGGGGCCCACAGAACCAGAGGGUCGACCAGAGCUCACUUACUAUAUGGCUCGAUAAGUCCUCCGGAAGCGGUUUUAAGUCAAAAGAGUUGUAUAAAUCAGGUUACUUUGGGACGGCAGUUAAGCUACACCCUGGUUACACAGCCGGAGUCAUCACAUCAUUCUACCUUUCAAAUAACGAGGAUCAUCCUGGAAACCAUGAUGAAGUCGAUAUCGAGUUCCUAGGGACAACACCGGAUAAACCAUAUACAUUACAAACGAAUGUGUACAUUAGAGGAAGUGGAGAUGGGAACAUCAUAGGCCGAGAACAGAAGUUUCAUCUUUGGUUCGAUCCUACCCAGGAUUAUCACCACUAUGCAAUGCUAUGGACACCCGAUGAGAUCAUAUUUUUCGUAGACGAUGUGCCAAUCAGAAGGUACCCGAGAAAAAGUGAUGCAACGUUUCCUUUAAGACCAAUGUACGUGUAUGGUUCAAUAUGGGAUGCAUCUUCAUGGGCGACUGAAAAUGGUAGAUACAAAGCAAAUUACGGGUACCAACCUUUUAUCGGUAAGUAUAGCGACUUCAAACUCAAAGGUUGUACGGCCGACUCACAAGACUCGUGUCGCCCUCCAUCUAGUUCCCCGACCACCACUGGCCGGGGACUGAGCCGACAACAAGUGGCCGCAAUGCAAUGGGUUCAAAGAAACAACAAGGUUUAUGACUAUUGUGGUGACCCAAAGAGAGACCACAACCAAACACCGGAGUGUUUUAAUUAAAAGAAUUGAAAAUGGGCCGGGUUGUAUUAAAAGGGAAUGUAGGUUCGUUAUAUGGGUCCAAAGUCGUAAAUUGUACUAUGUGUUAUGUGUUUUGUCCUUUUUUGUUGUGUUGUGCUUUGUUAUUAGUAUACAAAAGCAAGGAAAGGAAUUAUUAAAGAGUGUUUGUACUUA